AUGUCGGGCGGUUCCUCUGUUCACGGCCUCACCGGCAAGGCCCUUAUUUACUUCACGAGUAUCUUCGUGUCAUUAGGUGUCUUCCUCUUCGGUUACGACCAAGGAGUCAUGUCGGGUAUCAUCACCGGCACCUACUUCCUCAACUACUUCCAUCAUCCCUCGAGUAUUGACAUCGGUACCAUGGUCGCUAUUCUCGAAAUUGGUGCGCUGAUAUCUUCUCUGAUUGUUGGUAAGGUUGGAGACAUCAUUGGCCGCCGCAAAACGAUCCUAUAUGGUUCCAUCGUCUUCUUCAUUGGUGGAGCUUUCCAGACGUUGGCCAACGGCAUGCCUAUGAUGUUGCUGGGUAGGAUCGUCGCUGGUCUAGGCGUUGGUGCUCUGUCUACCAUCGUACCCGUAUACCAGUCCGAGAUCUCUCCCCCCCACAACCGUGGAAAGCUUGCAUGCAUUGAGUUCUCCGGCAACAUUAUCGGCUAUGCUACCUCUGUCUGGGUCGACUACUUUUGCAGUUUCAUUGAAAGUGAUAUGUCAUGGCGUAUUCCUCUGUUGAUGCAGUGUGUUAUGGGUGCUCUGCUCGGCAUUGGCAGCCUUGUCAUCGUAGAGUCUCCCAGAUGGCUUCUCGACAAUGACCACGACGAAGAGGGCAUUGUUGUUAUUGCCAACCUUUACGGCAAGGGUGAUAUUCAUAAUCCCAAGGCUCGAGACGAGUACCGCGAAAUUAAGAUGAACGUCCUGCUUCAACGCCAGGAGGGUGAGCGCACCUACGCUGAGAUGUUUCGAAGAUACAGUACCCGUGUGUUCAUUGCCAUGUCGGCGCAGGCUCUUGCCCAGCUGAACGGCAUCAACGUCAUCAGUUACUAUGCCCCCAAAGUCUUCGAGUCUGCCGGCUGGAUUGGGCGCAAUGCCGUACUUAUGGCCGGUGUGAACUCAAUCACCUAUUUCCUCUCGACCAUUCCUCCAUGGUACCUCGUCGACAGAUGGGGCCGACGCCCGAUCUUAUUGAGCGGUGCCGUUGUUAUGUCAGUUUCAUUAUCAUUAAUUUCGUACUGGAUCUACCUCGAUAUUCCAGCGACACCCACUUUGGUCGUUAUAUUUGUCAUGAUUUACAACGCAGCGUUUGGCUACUCGUGGGGCCCUAUCCCCUGGCUCUACCCCCCGGAGAUCUUGCCUCUUAGCAUUCGCUCCAAGGGUGCAAGUUUGUCGACGGCUACCAACUGGGCUUUCAACUGGCUUGUGGGAGAAAUGACACCGGUCCUGCAAGAAGUCAUCAAAUGGCGAUUGUAUCUGGUACAUGCCUUUUUCUGCGCCGUCAGUUUCGUUGUUGUUUACUUCAUCUACCCCGAGACCUGUGGGGUGCGUCUGGAGGAGAUGGACUCGCUAUUCGGCGACGCCAGCACCGUUGUGGGAACUCCGUCGCUCCACGCCGAGACCGGGUCUCUCAUACGUCCCGGUUCGCCGGUUGGCUCAAUCGAUUACCGAGGACGGCCGGGCAAUUUCACUGCCCAAAGCGCAAUCCCUGGCCUAUCUCUUGACCCGCCAGAUAUUCCUGACGGGAAGGCUCAGGAUGGUGAGGCUAGCAGCACCAUCAGUGGAUGGGUAUCAAGAGUAGUGAGCCGCACACGAAACCAGAGCAGUGGUGGUAGCGGUAGAUACGCACCUGUCAACCAGGGUGACGAAUGA